GAGCAAGAUGUAAGCCUGGAAUUAAUGAGGUAGAGUAAAAUUAGUAGAUGCCAGAGCAGCAGCUGGAGAGCAGCCUGCUCCUCCCACCACAGCCCCAAGUUCAAGUGGGUGGAGACGGGGUGUGGAGGACAGCAGGUGUGCCGGUCAGAAGCAGAACUUCCUCAAGCUAUCCUUGAAAGUUGGCUCCCAGCACAGCUCAGACCCUCUCACCAUGGGACGCUCCUGGAAGGAGCGGGUCUUCAUGACUCUGUUGGGAGUUGCAGCAGCCUCUGGCCUCACCAUGCUCAUCCUCAUCCUGGUGAAGGCAACCAACGUCCUCUUGCCCGCAGACGCCAAGUUUGGAAUCGUGUUUGAUGCUGGCUCCUCCCACACAUCCCUGUUUGUGUACCAGUGGCCAGGAAACAAGGAGAAGGACACAGGAGUGGUCAGCCAGGCCUUGACUUGCCAAGUAGAAGGACCUGGAAUCUCUUCCUAUACCUCUGACCCGACACAGGCUGGGGAAAGCCUGAAGAGCUGCCUGGAGGAGGCGCUGGUGUUGAUCCCACAGGCCCAGCAUCCAGAGACACCCACAUUCUUGGGGUCCACAGCAGGAAUGAGGCUGCUCAGCCAGAAGAACGGCUCUCAGGCAAGAGACAUCCUAGCUGCAGUCUCCCAGACACUAAGCAAGUUUCCUGUGGAUUUUUGGGGUGCUAAGAUCUUGGCUGGGCAGGAUGAAGGUGCCUUUGGCUGGAUCACCAUCAACUAUGUCCUGGGGAUGCUCCUGAAGUAUUCCUCUGGACAGUGGAUCCUGCCUGAAGAGGGGAUGCUAGUUGGUGCUCUGGACCUUGGUGGAGCCUCCACGCAGAUCAGCUUCGUGCCUCAGGGCCCCAUCCUGGACCAGAGCACCCAGGUUACCUUCCGACUGUACGGUGCCAACUACAGUGUCUACACUCACAGCUACCUCUGCUUUGGGCGGGACCAGAUCCUGAACAGGCUCCUGGCUAAGCUGGCACAGGACAGGCUGAGCAGCCAGGGGGCCCCGGUCAGACACCCAUGCUACCACAGUGGCUACCAGGCCACACUGCCACUGGGUUCCUUGUAUGACUCACCCUGCAUCCACACUACAGAUUCCCUGAACCACACCCAGAACCUCACAGUCGAAGGGACAGGCAACCCUGGGAACUGUGUGGUAGCUCUCCGGAGUCUCUUCAACUUCUCCAGCUGUGAGGGUCAAGAGCACUGUGCUUUCAACGGCGUCUACCAGCCUCCUGUGCAUGGCCAGUUCUAUGCAUUUUCCAACUUUUAUUACACCUUCCAUUUCCUGAACCUCACCUCCAGGCAGCCACUGAACACUGUCAACGACACUGUCUGGAAGUUCUGUCAGAAACCCUGGAAACUGGUGGAGGUCAGCUACCCUGGGCAGGAGCGCUGGUUACGGGACUACUGUGCCUCAGGUCUGUACAUCCUCGUAUUGCUGCUGGAGGGCUACAAAUUUAGCGAGGAGACCUGGCCCAACAUCCAGUUCCAGAAGCAGGCAGGUGGCACAGACAUUGGCUGGACACUGGGCUUCAUGCUGAACCUGACAGGCAUGAUUCCAGCUGAGGCACUGACACAGUGGCGGGCUCAGAGCUACAGCAUCUGGACGGCUGGAGUAGUAUUCGCAGUGCUGACCCUUGUGGCCAUUCUUGGGGCAGCUGCCAUCCAUUUCUUCUGGACCCAGGACUAGGUAGAAACCAAGCGGAAGUAGAUCGUAGUAACAACAUGUAUAGCAGAAGCGUUGGGAGUCAACAGUGACAACACAGAUGUUUGUGUUGUCAACCUUGAGAGCCACCAUCAACUGUCCAGCUGAGCAGGUCCUAGAUGCCUGCCCUCAUGAACCCCUGACCUUUAAGGACUCCAGGCCAUCGGUCAGGCCAGGGGGGCCAAUUGCUGAUAGUACUGACUCC